AUGCAGGUCUUCACGAAUGUUGAUCUCAACCUCAAGACCGCCGGUGUCAAGGGCUGGUCUCAGGUCUUUCGUGUCACCUCAUACCACGUCUCCAUGACCGAUGAGGCUCUCGAAAUCUGCGUCCAGGACUUCAAGAAGUAUAUGACUGGCUACUAG